AUGAGUGACCUCAAGAUGGACGAUUCGGUAUUCUGGAAACUGCAAAAUAUUGAGUCGACAUAUUGGGACGAAUACAUUGCUACAAGACCAGUAUAUGAUGCGAAGAUAUUCCGGCGUGUUGACGACUACCGCUCCAGUCACUCACGCUCUUCGUCGUCAACAGCCUUGGACAUUGGCACCGGUUCAGGCUCUGCGAUAGAGCCUCUGACCAAAAGGUUUAACCAUGUCGUUGCUAGCGAUAAUGAUUCCACAAGCUUAGCUUUCGCGAAAAAAAGAUACUCUACAGUACCUGAAGAGUGGCUGUCGUUCACCCUCUCAUCGGGGGAAGAGCUUCCUCAACACCACCCACCCGAGUCUUUCGACCUUAUUACAUGUGCAGAGACAUUUCCACUUAUGGAUACAACGGCAGCCAUGGAUAACAUUUACAGUUUAUUGAGACCUGGCGGUACUGUUGCGGUCUGGUUCUACGGACCUCCUUUUUUCACCGAGGCAGAUUACGUGCCGAAGUGUCAAGACAUUCUGGACGCAAUUAUGGAUCACAAUUUUCGCCCUGUGGUCUGUGGAGGUGAUGAGGCACGCCGAAGCAAUUGGAAACGGGCAACUGAUGGCAAAUUCAGUUGGCUAGAUUACAUUCCUUUCCCGCCGGAAAGGUGGACAGACGUAAGGCGUCACAAGUGGAAUACGCAUGCCAGACUCUCCUUCUUCUCGCCGGCUGCUUGCGACUUUCCCGUGGAAACACGGAACCGUGUUGGAGACAAUGAAACAGUCACUCAGGAAGACGACCCUAGCUUCUGGGCGGUGAAUUGGGAUGUGGAUAUGCUGAGGAGGUUUGUACAUGCGAGCUUUCCGAAACCAACAGAGUUGGGCGGUCCGGAUGAAGCGAUGGACAGGUUGUUUGAGCAGUUGGCCGAGGCAAUGGGUGGAAACAACGUGCCAAGAAAGCUUUCGUGGCCGGCUGUACUGAUUCUCGCAGCAAAAAAAGUCUGA